UUCACUGGGCCGGGCUUCCUCGCGUCUUGAAGUACCCUUUUUCUGCUCUUUUUCGUCUUUCCUCCGGACCCCAUCGUUUCUUCCUCCCGUCCCCCUCUCUCUCGUCAAGAAGAGAAGCCAGCCCGACUAUUCUAGGGUUUCGGCCAUUGGGCGCAGUUCGCAUAGAAGAGCUUGGAGCCGAGAAUGGGGAAACAAAAGGGAGAAGGUGGGAGGAGCAAGAACCGGCCUUCUAGCAGCAGCUUAGCUGCUUCGCUGUUGCCUGCCGGCGUUUCAAGCGUUGGAUUCGGAGGUUAUCUUGGAAGAUCUCGGAUCGAGUCAUCUUCACCGGCUGAGGAAUCGACGCCUUUUUGGGAUGUGGAUAGUGAAGUUGCACAACACUUAAAGAGGCUGGGUAGAAAGGAUCCUACAACAAAGCUUAAAGCUUUAACAGCAUUAUCUAUGCUCUUUAAGCAGAAGUCUGCUGAGGAAAUAGUACAAAUUGUUCCACAAUGGGCAUUUGAGUACAAGAGACUCUUGCAUGACUACAAUAGAGAGGUCCGUCGAGCUACUCAUGAUACCAUGGCUAAUCUUGUCACUGCCAUCAGGAGAGGCUUGGCUCCGCAUCUCAAGUCUUUGAUGGGUCCUUGGUGGUUUUCUCAGUUUGAUCCAAAUCCCGAGGUUUCCCAAGCUGCUAGGCGAUCCUUAGAGGCAGCAUUUCCAGCAGCAGAAAGAAGAUUGGAUGCCUUGAUGCUAUGUGUAAAUGAGAUCUUCCUAUACCUAGAUGAAAAUUUGAAGCUUACACCGCAAGCAAUGUCUGAUAAGGCAACACCGAUAGAUGAGUUGGAAGAUAUGCACCAUCGUGUAAUUUCAUCAUCACUGUUAGCAGUGGCAACUCUUGUUGAUAUUUUGCUGGGAGUAAAAUUAGAGAGCCAUGAUGAUGAAAAUGUUAACCCCGAACAAAAACUUGUUUCCAAAGCUAGGAGGGCCACAAUUUUUUCAGCUGAAAAUAUGUUUUCUGUGCAUAAAUAUUUUCUUGAAUUCCUCAAGUCCAAAAAUCCUGCUAUUCGUUCAUCUUCAUAUUCGGUUCUGACAAGUUUCAUAAAACACAUACCUCAUGCUUUUAAUGAAGGAAAUAUGAAGAUGCUUUCUCCUGCCAUACUUGGCGCUUUCCAAGAAAAGGAUGCAUCGUGCCAUUCAUCCAUGUGGGAUAUGAUAUUGCUUUUCUCUAGAAAAUUUUCUGGCGGCUGGUCCCACUGUAAUGUCCAAAAAGUUGUCCUAAAUAGACUUUGGCACUUUUUACGAAAUGGGUGCUAUGGGUCACAAAAGAUUUCCUACCCAGCCAUGAUCUUAUUCUUGGAAUCUAUUCCUCCUGAAGCAGUGGUUUGGGAGCAAUUUAUCUUCGACUUCUUCCAUAACCUGUGGGCUGGAAGAAACCAGUUGCACUCGUCAGCUGCGGAUACUUUGGCUUUAUUCAAUGCAGUCAAAGAAUGUUUUCUUUGGGAGUUAUAUGAUGCUUCAAGAUAUUCUGCAGCAGGAGACCGAUUGAAUCAUCUUCCAGUCAAACUUGUAAAUGAGAUUCUUGUAGGAUUACUAUGGCAUGAUUAUCUUUCAUUGGUCAGCUUAAAAACUCGAGAUGAAAAACUCGAGAAAUGUGAUGGCCUAGCUGAAGAUGGCAGUCGAUUAUCCCAUGAAAGAUCACAGCAUAUGCUCAAUGCUUGUUAUCCUACAACGUAUGUCCAAGAACUGGGGAAAUGCAUUAUAGGAAUUCUGUCUGACAUGUCAUUGAAAGAAAGUGAUUUGCUCAAUCUUUUCUGUACAUCAUUUCAAAAGGAUUGUUUGGAGGUAAUUCAGGAAGGGGACCGCUUACUGAAAUUUCACGAGAACUUGGAUCGGAUUGUGAAUUUUUUUAGGCUACUGGAUCAACAUGCAUUGCAGAAGGGUCAAACAUGGCCCUUGCAUUGUUUAGCCAGACCAUUGGUAACUAAGUCUUUCCCCGUGAUGAAAUCUAUGGACUCCCCAGAUGUUGUCAGUCUUUUGUCUGUAUUAGUUGAAAUAUUUGGACCUGUAACAAUAUUCUCAUACGGUGGUCAAACAACUGAUGAACGUGAUGUUGAGUCAAAAAUGAAGGAUUUUCUACAAAUGUUCAAUGAUGAUUUUAUUCCUUGGUGUUUUCAUGGUUAUAGUCAUUCCAGCAAUUCAAAACUUGAUUUAUUGAUUGCUUUAGUUCAAGAUGAAUGUUUCUGCGAACAAUGGUGUUCGAUCCUUACCUAUGCUACAAAACUUGAAGAUUUUUCUGUAUCUGAGUCCUCAGACAAUUUCAAUCAUAUCGAAUUGUUGGCAAUUCUCAUUGAGAAGGUGAGACAAAGAAUCAGUAGCAAGAAGCUGGGACAUUUGCAGAAAAAUGGCUCUCUCCCAGAAAACUGGCGGCACAACCUGUUAGAUUCAGUAGCAACUUUUGUUGCCUGUCAUUCUGUUUCAGAAGUUGGCCAUGCAAAAUUUCUACGUGCUGUACUUGGAGGUGCAAUUGAAGAUGAUCAGAUCUGCUUUCUUUCUAAAGAAGCACAAACGAUAAUAUUCAAGGGAAUUUUGAAAAAUCUGUCAUUGAUCCUUAGUACAUCGCCUUUUCACUGGGCAAAGUUUUCAUGCUCUUUGUUGCUGUCUGAUGGAUCCAUGGACUUCUCACAUAUACAGGAACCAUCUUCCAUUAUCCAGUUUGAGAGAGCUCGAUUUGCUUUUGAAGUUCUCGAGGGUAGCAUAUUUUGCUUGAAGCUACUUGAUGAGGAUUGCACUUUGAUUUCUUCCAUUUUGGCAGCUUUAUUCAUCAUUGACUGGGAAUGUAGUAUGACAUCACAUUUAGGUGAUGAUAGUUCAGAAAGUUGUAAACAUGAUGCCGAUGCCAAGACAUCUGUAUCAGCAUCCAGAGAUGUGGUAAAUAAUAACUCAGAAGAGCAGGCUAGUGCUAAGUUGGCUCUUGGAAGCAGUAUGCAUGCUUUUCGCCGUAAGAUAAGUACCUCUUUCUGGAGAAGCCUCAGCUCAAGCAUCACAUCAAGGUUGGGAAACAUUUUAGUUCAGACCAUAAAAUGUGCUGUAUUUGAAACAACUGAUUUAAGUGUAAAUUCAGUGUCUGCUUUGUGCUCUGAAUGGUUUUUGAGUAUGUUGGAAGUCAUCUGUCAUGGUCAUACAGAGUUGCAAAUGUUGUUGGACCAGAUGUUAUCUGAGAGCAGAUCCUGGCCCUUGUGGGUUGCUCCUCUUUUCCACGAUGGAACUAGGACGGCCGACAUGCAAGUCAAGACAGUUGAUAUGAGCACUAAUGACCUGAGGCAUCAUCAAUUUAUUGCUUUUGUUGACAAGAUUAUUUCAAGUCUUGGAGUGGGCAAAGUGAUUGCUGGUGUUCCGGAAAUGCAUAUUUCUACAGCAUCACCUACCAGUGAACUUGUUUCAUGCUUUUCUUCUUGCUCGCGAGCAUGGCUUGCAGCUGAGCUACUUUGCACAUGGAACUGGAAAGCAGGCUGUGCUUCAGACUCAUUCUUACCUUCUCUGAGCAAAUAUGCAGAAAGUGAAACAUCCUCUUCUGUGAUAAAUGUAGUGUCUUCUGUAGUCAACAUAUUGCUUGAUGGUGCUCUUGUGCACGGAGCUUUUAGCCAAUGGAUCUCAUUUAAUGCAUGGACUGUUUCAGAUGAUGACAUUGAGAAUAUUCAGGAUCCCUUCCUGCGUGCCCUAAUUUCCUUGCUAUCAACACUAUUCAUCAAAGACAAAAUUUGGGGAAAGAGUGAAGCUGAUGUGUUCUUUGAACAUGUAUUAGGCAAACUUUUUAUUACUACAACUGUAAAUAGACCCUGUCUAAGAAUUCUUCCUUUUGUUCUUGGUGUUAUUAUUCGGCCAUUACUAGAGAGCUCUGAGUUUAAUGAAGCUAAAAAAGAUGUUUCACUGGUUACUGCAAGGGAUGAUUUAGUGAGUAAGAAUAUCUUGAGUUGGCUUGAGACAGCUCUAUCAUUCCCUUCUUUGGGCUCGGGGCAAACAGGACAGCAAGAUCUGGAAGAAUGGAUUCAAGUUGUCAUAUCUUGUUAUCCUUUAAGUGUAGUAGGAAGUAUUGGAAAAUUCAAAGUUGAGCUGCUGAGGGAUAUUGGCUAUCCGGAGAGACACUUAUUGUUGAGUUUGUUCCGAAGGCAGCGAUGCUGCUAUGAUGCUUGUACAACUUCUAAUCAGAUGUCUUCUGCUGCAUCAUCCAAUGAAGGUUCAUUUACUUUGAUGUUAGUACAGAUGAUUCAAGCAAAGCUAACAGCAGUUUCAGUUGGGUAUUGUUGGCAGGAGUUUGAUGAAGAUGACUGGAACUUUGUGUUAGAUAAAUCACAUAAAUGGAUUGAAUCAUCUGUUUGUCUAAUGGAGGAAAUAGCAGAGAAUAUAGAUGAUGCUGUAAUAAACUGUCCAGCAACAGAGGACUUGGAACUAAUAAAAAGGAAGCUUGAAAUAGCAGUUCAGGCUUUAGAUCCAUUACAAAUGCAUAUUUCCCAUACUGCUGUGAUUAUAUUAUGUCUGCUCUUCCAGCUUGAUGAACUCCAUGUAGCAGAUAAUGUUGAAGUUUUGCAGUCAAUAAGAUUGGGGAAGUGGGCCUAUAUUAAAGAUCGGACAGUGGCAAGUAUUCUUCGGCUUUUUUUUGCAGCUGGUGUUGCUGAAGCCAUUGCUAGUUCAUGCGGUGGAGAGGCUUCAUCAAUUGUAGCCUCAAGUCGGCUUGCUUAUUCACAAUUUUGGGGGCUAGUUGCAUCAUUCGUUAUCAAUUCACCUGAUCAUGUUAAAAAUGCAGCAGUGCAGUCCAUGGAACUAUGGGCUCUUAGCAAGGGCUCAGUUAGCUCGUUGUAUGCAAUUCUUUUUUCCUCCAGACCAAUCUAUUCUUUACAAUUUGCUGCUUAUAGUUUACUUUCUUCAGAACCUAUAAGUCAUCUGUCGCUUGUUAAAGAGGGUUGCCUGGAUGGAAAUGCAAUUGCAAACCAAGAGUCUGACUUGUCGCAUAGUGUUGAAUCAUCUGUGGAAGAGUCUUUCUGUCUGAGGGAUGAGAUCGCAUGCGUGAUCCAGAAACCAGCUGCUGAACUUUUUGAAAUGGAUUUAGUAGCACAAGACAGGGUAAAUGUCUUUCUUGCCUGGGCUCUAUUGUUGUCUUAUCUACAUUCGCUGCCAUCUUCUUCCACAGCAAGGGAAAGAUUGAUUCAGUAUAUACAAGACUCUGUUAGUUCAACAAUAAUAGAUUGCAUUUUCCAACAUGUUCCUAUGAAGUUGGGUGCAAGUAACGUAAAGAAAAAGGAUGUUGAGCUUGCAGUUGAAACAUCUAAGGCUGCAAAUGCCGCUAAGCAUGCCAUAAGUACGUGCUCUUUAUUUGUAUAUGUAGAGUCACUUUGGCCUGUUGGGACCGAGCGGAUGGCUUCACUUUCUGGUGCAAUAUAUGGAAUGAUUAUUCGACUUCUACCUUCUUAUGUGCGCAAUUGGUUUACUAGCUUGCGUGACCGUUCUUUUUCAUCUGCCGUUGAGUAUUUCACAAAAGCAUGGUGUAGUCCUCCACUUCUUUUAGACGAGUUAUCUCAGGUAAAAGAGACUGUUACUGCUGAUGAGAACUUCUCAGUGAGUGUGAAUAGAACAGCAUAUGAAAUUAUUGCUACCUAUAAAAAGGAGGAGACAGGAAUGGAUCUUGUAAUUUGCCUUCCCAGUUGUUACCCAUUGCGUCCUGUGGAUGUUGAGUGCACAAGAAGUCUGGGCAUCAGUGAAGUGAAGCAACGAAAAUGGUUGCUAUCCCUAACGGCAUUUGUUCGCAAUCAGAAUGGUGCGAUAGCUGAGGCAAUUCGCAUCUGGAAGAGUAAUUUUGACAAAGAGUUUGAAGGUGUUGAGGAAUGCCCUAUCUGUUACAGCAUCAUCCACACAACUAAUCAUAGUCUUCCCCGGCUGGCUUGCAAAACUUGUAAGCACAAGUUCCACUCUGCUUGCCUGUACAAGUGGUUCUCAACGUCUCACAAGUCGACAUGCCCACUGUGUCAGACACCAUUUUGAUCUGUUAUUUUUUAUCUACUCGAAAACAAUAUUGGGACCAUUAGCACAAGGUAUUUAGAUCUAAAUCUCCAAGUAUUGGGCAGAGCAGGAAGGAAUUGUGGAGCUGCAUCAUGCUGCAGUAGACGACAAGAGUGUUUUGAAUUUCAAAAGAAUCGAAGUUUUUAAGCUCUAAAAUAUUGGAGAUUUGUAGCGUGGCGGUACCUUGUUCCUUUAAGCAGACAAGCUGUAGGGAUUGAUCUGCUAUCGACAUGGGCAUAAUUCAUAUACCUGGUAACGAGUUAUGUAAAUUGUAUUUGGUGAAAAAUUGUCGUCUUAAAUUGUAAAUUAUUAAAUAUCAGGAGGACUUGUAAGUUAUUAAAUAUCAAAAAGAGGGAGAAGGAUCGCCUCGGGGUACCUCAACUGAUUCUAAAUAGACAUCUCAUGCUUCUAGAAUAGAUUUUAUCUGAUGAAUAACUUUAUCGUCUUAUUUUUUUCUGAAGAAGAAGAAAAUGAAUUUUGUACAUUCUUUGGAUAUGCA